CUUUCUUUUCCGGCUGUCAGCUGUUGAAGACGUUUGUCUAAGCGGUAGUGCAUCAAAAAAAUUAGACAAAAUGCUCAUCUACAAGGAUAUCAUCUCCAACGAUGAGAUGUUCACCGAUACGACGAAGGUCACUCUUGUGGAAAACUCCGUCUAUGAGGUCCUCUGCAAGCACGUCGUGCGAAGAGAAGGUGAAAUCGUCCUCGCUGGAUCGAAUCCGUCCGCCGAGGAGGCCGAUGAAGGUGCAGAUGACAGUUGCCAAGCCGGUCUCGACGUUGUCCUCAACCAGCGUCUCCAGGAAACGUCGUUCGACAAGGCAGGCUACAAGACCUACCUGAAGACGUAUACCAAGGCCCUCCAAGAGAAGUGGAAGGAGCUGGAGUACUCCGACGAAAAGAUCGCUGAGCUCAAGAGCUCUUGCAUGGCUGGUGUCAAAUUCAUGCUGAGCAAGAUGGACAAGGACAGCCAAUAUUUCCUCGGCGAGUCCAUGAACCCCGACGGUAUGGUUGCUGUUCUGAACUACCGCGACGGAGAAGAUGGAAACGAAGAGGCAAUCAUGAUGUUCCUCAAGGCUGGACUCGAGGAGGAGAAAUGUUAAGGCUGAUGAACUUCGCUAGUUCCGAUUGGAUCAAUUAGGGACAGGUUUACGGGGACUAUGAUUCGGCCUCAAUUCGGUCGUGUAAAUUAUGGGUUUAAGCUGCGUUGAGUAAUGUUCCGAACCGACGUCGUCGCACUCCGCCACCGUUAAACAUUCAACAGUUGAUGAAGAGCCAAAGUUGGAAGAAGGUCCUUGGAGGGAAGCAGCUUCUCAGCGGGGAAAAAGUUACGGAAAUCCUCUCAGAAUAAAUUGUUGGACUUUACUCAAAAA